GUAAAUAAAACUUUAUAAAAAAAGAGAGAGCGUGUAGUUGUAGAUGAUGCAUGAAGAUGAAGCAAACUACACGUUGCUGAUGAUAGAGAGAGAAAAAUUAGCAUAGGAAAAUUGAGUCUUUAGUUUAUUUGGAUUGGAGGAAAAUACAAGAAAAAAACAAAUAUAACAAUCAUAAUAUAUAAAAAGGUCAGUCUUCUCCCUUAAUAUUUUCUCUGUUAUUUCAGUGUGAUGAAGAAGAAACAUCAAAAGUUUAAACCACUCCGAGAGCUGUAUGAUCGUGACGAUACCCUUUUGAAAUCCAAGGCUGUUGGCUUGUUGAAAGCCUCCCUGGAGUCAACUAUAGAUCAAGCUUUAGUUGUUGAUCUAUCUUGGGAUAGAAAAGUCGAAAGUCACGGGAAGCUAUCCAGUAGUGAAGUGAGUAACAUACCUUCUACUUCUUGCCAGAGCUCAUUUUCUGAAGACCUUCAGAGUUUGGACUCUUUGAAAUCUCCUGGUUACUCUAAAGAUUUGCCAAUGCUUCAACUUGCAAUUACUUCUCAGACUACAGUAAAACAUCAGGAUCAAGAUGUUUUUGACUGCCAAGGGGACUACAGCUCUUGUAUAAGUAAAGACGAUGGUGCAGCUAUGAUUAGUAGUGAUCAAUAUGGCGGUGAAGAUCACAAAAUAGCUACAUCCAGAGCAGUUUCAGUUAGUAGCCCCUGUCCUGAUGUUUUGGAGAAAUCUUUGAAUGGUCCGUCUAUUAGUAAAGGUUCCCCAAUUGCCAGCAGUCCCAGCACACAGGAUCCCUGUCUUCAAAACCAGAAUUUAAUGCAUGAGGACAGACCAGAUGAACCUGAUGAAUUGGUGGAUGUAAGAAUAUGUGAUAUUUGCGGUGAUGCUGGUCGAGAGGCAUCACUUGCUCUUUGUAGCAGGUGCAGUGAUGGAGCAGAGCAUAUUUACUGCAUGAGCCCUAAGAUGGGUAAAGUGCCCGAAGGUGAUUGGUUUUGCGAAGAGUGCUUGUUGAUGCAAGAUCCAAAAAGACAGAGGCAAGUUAUGAUGGAGGGACCAGACAAUGCUUCAAACCCAUCAUGUUUAAAGGAACCGAGUCAAGGUUCACCAACAAUAAAUUCUGUUAUUCAUCAUGAUGGUAAAAUGAAGACAAAUCAUUCGAGUAAAGCUUCCUGCUCAUCUGAUAAGAGACUUGGGCUUGAUAUAGAUGUGAGACCAAAAGCAAAGAAAGGAAUUGUUGACCGAAGUGUUCAAUCGCUGAAGAUUUCUGACUCUGGAGGGAAUUCGCAGUUGACUCAUAGAUCUUCAUUGAAGAACAUGAAUGUGAAGAAAAAUGCUGCUCGUCAGGUAUCUUCUUUUGUUGUUCCUGCUAAGAAAAUGGUGAAGCAAGCAUGUUCAUCAGAACAUAGAUCAUCCAAACCUGAACAACAAUCUUGUGGAGGAUCUUUUAUCAAUGAAAAAAUAGUUGACAGUUCUGUCUCAAAUUUGGAAGUUAGACGCUUGAUGGAAGAUAUCCGUCAAAGGAGAAAAUCUACCAAAGAUAAAGCUGACUGUGAACUGAAGAAGGAUCAUUCUGACAAGAAGGUGUUCAAAUCUUUGCCAUUGACUGGUGCCAGCUCAAUCCCUCCAGAUGUUUCAAAUACGCAGUCUUCCGUUUCAAAUGUUAAGGGUGUACGACAUGGAAGUAAAAGGAACGUUGCUGAAAAAAAUUAUUCAUUGGAGAACAAGACCAAUCAAGUAGAUUUUCCUUUUGCUAGUUCUAGUCCUUCGAAAGUUAGCUCUUCUAGUACCAAAGUGGCUCCCCAGAUUGGUAAAGCGGCAUCUUCACCCAUAAAGAGUGUUGAGGACAAAUCUGACAUCCAGGUUAAUGGAAAUACAAAUGUUGAAGCACUUGAUUCCCUUGCUCUUGAAGGCAAAAACCGUGUGAACAAAUCAGCUGGAUCUGUCGAAGAAAGAAAUUCACCCUGUCAUGCAAGCUGUGUGAUCAAUUCUCCAGCCAAAAAUGUCAAUGCUUACCCUGAUCUGAGAAUGAGCUUAUCCACUCUGAAGGCUGAUCUAGCCGACAUCAAAAGAAAAGACAAUGAUGUUUCGUCUUUUAAGGUCCAGCAUAUGAAAGUCAAGCCUACAAUUGAUCCAGUAAAUCUUGACCAUAUGGCUCCCAACUUGACUUCUGCAGUUCCAGAAUCUAGGUGUAUUUGGAGGGGUACUUUUAGUUUGGAGAAAAGUGGGAAACUUCCUACUGACUGCUAUGGGGUACAAGCACAUCUAUCGACUCGUGCAUCAUCCAAAAUUGCUGAUUUGGUUCUUAAGUUUUCUGACGAACUUCUGUUAAAGGAAGUGCCGCGAUUGCACACUUGGCCCAUUCAGUUUCAGAAGAAAAAUCCGAACGAGCAAGAUAUCGCUCUCUACUUCUUUGCUCAAGAUUUGUGUAGUUAUGAAAGAAGUUACAGGAUGUUGCUAGAAGGCAUGUCAAUCAAUGAUAUAGCUCUUGAAGCGAACUUUGGAGGUUUUCAACUUCUAGUUUUUCCAUCGAGCUUGCUUCCUGCAAGAUCACAGCGCUGGAAUUCUCUGCCAUUUUUGUGGGGUGUAUUUAGAAUGAAAAACUUUGAUGAUUCUCAUGUCCCUGACUUGAACGCUGUGACUGUGAAUCAAGGUGUAUCUUCACCUGCUACUUGUGGGUCACAGAGCAAAUUUGUUUCUGCAUUACUCUCUGGAGGCUCCUUUGCACUUCGUUCGUCAUACAGCUCCAUGCAUGGGCCAGAAUCUGCUAAACCACUGGCUUUGCCAUCUUCAGCUGUAGUCAUGUCUGGAGAACAAAGUAUUGAACAUGAAUUGCCUCCAUUAAAGAAACAUAUAGCAACUCUAAAAUAUCAUGAUUCCCAAGCCGAUGGUAUUACAUCUGUCCGUGAUUGGAGUAAAGAGGUUUCUGGUAGGGGUCUACAUAGUUAUGACUUGCAGAAAGAUAAUACCUUCUCUGAUAACGAUAUAAAGAGCCCUAUGAAGACUGAUCUCAUUCCAUGUGGCCAAUUAGCAAGGGAACACACUACAGCGAUUGGAUUUCGCUCUGAUGCAAACUACAAGGAUAUGAGUUUUACAGCCUCUAAAUUGAGGCAGGGGCAUGACGUUUUCAGUGGGCAUUCCUUUUCUUUAGACUCGGGACCAUCAGGAUCAUCCGAUGGUGGAGAAUGUGCUAAAUCAGCUGUUGAGCUGCAGAUAGAGCCAUCAGAGAAUCCCAGGAGAUAUAAUACUCUUAAUCUCAACCACUGCUUAGACGAUAGGUCAGGUUCAGAAGAACUGGACUUGGAUUUGGCUCUUGGCUUUCCCAGCAAAAGUGAAUAUGAACCUGAAAAUUCCUUGAAUGAUGGAACUGACCAAGAUGGGGAUGUUUCAUUGGUUCUCUCUCUUGGGAUGCCAUGCUCUACUAGCUGACCUCUUCUAGGUAACCCAAGGUGUUGAUUACUUGGUGCGGUUGCUGCUGCUGCUGAGGGCCGGCUUUUAUCCUCAGGCUUUAGGUAUAGAUGAUGUAAAUAUUACAUAUAGAACAAAAGAUAAAGUCAUAAUAAUAAUAAUAAUAGUUAGGUGCUUAUAUGAGAAUAAAUAGUAGUAGCCAAGGGUGUGAUGAUAGAUAUAAAGGUUUCAUACAUAUGAGAAUUGUUUCUUUUGAGCAGUGAUAGAGAUCUUUUCAGCGGCAGCA